UCGCCUUAUGGAUACAUACCGGCUAGAUGGCUGGGUAUCCUUAUGCUUGUCCUCUUUGUUUUGACUACGAUUUUGCAUUUCUUUCAAGCUAUACGAUAUCGCAUGUGGUUCUUGGUUUGGACGGCAGUUCUCGCGGGCAUCCUUGAAUCGUUGGGGUGGGUAGGCCGAUUGUGGGCGUCGUACAACGUAUAUUCAAACACGGCCUUUUCAAUGCAAAUCAUUUGCACAAUUAUCGGACCGACUCCGCUCAUCGCCGCUAACUUCAUUAUCCUCGGGCACGUCAUUCGUCGCCUUGGACAGCAGUACAGUCGGCUGAGUGCACGAUGGUAUACGAUCAUCUUUGUCAGCUGCGACUUCAUUUCGCUUGUCGUCCAAGCUCUGGGCGGUGCUGCUGCCUCCGCCGCUGUGAACAACCACAAGAGCGCGAAAGGCGGUAGCGACAUUAUGUUGGCUGGUAUCGUUUUCCAGACUGCUGCUAUCACAUUAUAUGUUAUCCUCGCCGCCGAGUUCUUCCUGCGUUAUUCUUAUGAUUGGCCGAUACGUGGCCGUACGAUCAUUAAGACUGGGUAUGUCUUCAAUAAAAAGAUGCAGCAGAUGGUCGCAGCCUUGGUCUUCAGCAGUCUCUGCUUUUACGUUCGGUACGUCACGCACGAACUGGGUGAUGGUUGGGAAGGACGGAUCAUUCACACGCAGCGCUAUUUCGUGAUCAUGGACGCCCUCAUGAUCGUCCUUGCGAUGUGGACGCUCAACAUAUUCCACCCAGGCCAUCUCCUGGGUUACGGUGUCGAGUGGAGAGCCGACAAGAACAUUGUCAUGCAAGCUGUGCAGUCCCAGGACUCCGAAGCAGCAUUUGGGAUGCUCUCAGGCAACGGGCUCCCCAAGGAACAGUAUUAG